CUGUGUUGGUUUCUUCCAGUUCUUCUCCGACUCCGAUUGGUCGGUUUCUUCUUCGUCAUUCUGUUGUCUUGGUAGCUUCCUUUAACGCCUUUUUGGUUAGAACUUUUACAUUUUUUCUCAGGAGAGGGAACCUACCAGUCUGCAAAAUGUCAAGUAAAAGGGCCAAGGGAAAGAACACCAAGAAGCGACCCCAGCGUGCUACCUCCAAUGUGUUUGCUAUGUUUGAUCAGUCCCAGAUCCAGGAGUUCAAAGAGGCGUUCAAUAUGAUUGACCAAAACAGAGAUGGAUUUAUUGACAAAGAAGACCUUCAUGAUAUGCUCGCCUCACUAGGUAAAAACCCCACUGAUGACUACCUGGAGGCUAUGAUGAAUGAAGCUCCUGGCCCAAUCAACUUCACCAUGUUUCUGACCAUGUUUGGAGAAAAGCUAAAUGGCACCGAUCCAGAGGAUGUGAUCCGUAACGCUUUUGCGUGUUUUGAUGAAGAGGGCACAGGUAUGAUUCAGGAGGAGUACCUGCGGGAGCUGCUCACUACCAUGGGCGACCGCUUCACAGACGAAGACGUGGACGAGCUUUAUCGAGAGGCACCAAUCGACAAGAAAGGCAACUUCAACUACGUAGCAUUCACACGUAUUCUAAAACACGGUGCGAAGGACAAGGACGAUUAGUGAUGUGCUGCACAAGGCUCUGUUCAUACUUCAUGUGCUUCUUUUAAUGCGUUUCUACUUCAUCUGAAUCAGCUAUAUUCUGUAGUUUGGCUUCUGAAAAGCAGCACUGUUGUUUAUAGCCUUUUGAAGGUCAUUUGUUUAAGCUGCUCUGUGGACCUCUGGGUCUCCCUUCCCUCCUCCAGACUUGUUUUUUAAUUUUUUUUUUUUUUUUUGCUUAUUUGCACAUUUAUGACAUCACUACGGGGUCUGUCCUGGCAAGUAAAGGCAUGAGAAGACCCCAUUGAUAAAGCUGGAAAUAAACCAACACAAGAGGU